AGAGGGGCCGCUCCGCAGCUGCCGGCCCCAUUUCCGCGGCGGGGGGCGCGUCGGGCGGGCGCUGGAUGCGCCGCCGGGGGCAGGCGGGCGGCAGCCGAGCGGGACCUGCGCGCAGCGCGGAGCGAUGAGCGCGGGCAGCGGCCCCGCCGGCGCGGCGGGUACCGCCACCUCCGCCGUCUGCCUGCUCCUCUCGCUCACCGCCGUGGCCGUCUGCCUGCUGCUGGGAGCCAAAACGGCGGAGCUGCAGGGCCGGCUGGCCGCCCUGGAGGAGCGGAGCGCGGCCGGCCCCGGGCCGCUGCUGGACGCGCUGCAGCCCCGCGUGGAGCAGCUUUUCCGCGAGAAACUGGGUGAAGGAUUAGCAAAACUGCGGACGGCGAGAGAGGCUCCGUCAGACUGCAUGUGUCCCCCAGGCCCUCCGGGGAGGCGGGGGAAGCCCGGCCGGCGCGGAGAACCCGGACCUGCCGGGCAGUCAGGACGCGAUGGUUACCCGGGGCCUCUUGGUUUGGAUGGCAAACCAGGACCUCCAGGACCAAAAGGGGAAAAGGGUGAAGCAGGGGACAUCGGCCCGAGGAUGGUUUUUCCGCGGCUCAAUCAUGGAUUUCUGGCUAACGAUCAGCUUGUCUUUAGCCGGCGAGUGCUCAAGGGUGAUCAAGGUCGAGAUGGAGCCACUGGCCCCCCUGGUCCGCCAGGACCCCCAGGUGCCCGGGGGCCUCCUGGUGACACGGGAAAAGAUGGCCCAAGAGGACCUUCAGGCCCCCCUGGUUUCAAAGGCGAGCCGGGAGAGGAUGGCCUCGUGGGUGCCAGGGGACCUCCUGGACCAAAGGGUGAGCCUGGCAUCCAAGGGAAAAAGGGUGAUGAUGGGAUCCCUGGGGAACCAGGACUUACGGGCCCUAAGGGAGAAAAAGGAAGCGUGGGUCCCAAGGGAGAGAACGGCACAGAUGGCUUGCCAGGACCCAAGGGUGAACCUGGUGAGAAGGGAGGAAUUGGCUCCAUUGGACCCCGGGGUCCCCCCGGCCUGAAAGGGGAACAGGGUGACACCGUAGUGAUCGACUACGAUGGCCGAAUCCUGGAUGCGCUCAAGGGUUCGCCAGGUCCCCCAGGGCCACCGGGCCCCCAAGGCGCUCCAGGUCCCAAGGGAGAGCUGGGCUUGCCGGGUCCACCUGGACUGGACGGCGAAAAGGGUCCCAAAGGAGCAAAGGGUGAUCAGGGCAGCGUGGGAAUCACAGGACAGAAAGGAGAGACAGGAGAAAUGGGCUUAGCGGGUCCACCGGGAGCAGAAGGGCCAAAAGGAGACAAAGGAGAAAAAGGAGACACUGGGUCACCAUGUUUGCAGAAUAAUCACAUCAUACCUGAGCCUGGACCCCCUGGAUUACCUGGCCCUAUGGGUCCUCCAGGAAUCCAGGGGCCUAAAGGCUUGGACGGGGCAAAGGGAGAAAAAGGUGACAGCGGUGAGAAGGGGGACCACGGUGACGCUGGACCCGCUGGUCUCCCGGGUGCUCCAGGGCUCAUCGGUUUACCCGGUACCAAAGGAGAGAAGGGAAAGCCAGGGGAGCCGGGAUUGGAUGGUUUCCCAGGUCUCAGAGGAGAGAAAGGAGAGAGAAGUGAAAGAGGCGAGAAGGGUGAGCGAGGAAUACCGGGGAGAAAAGGAGCCAAAGGGCAGAAAGGGGAACCAGGCCCUCCCGGACUGGAUCAGCCUUGUCCUGUGGGACCAGACGGACUGCCAGUAGCAGGAUGUUGGCAUAAGGUACAGUAAUAAUAAUAAUUGUACAUCCUUGAGCAGGUCCUGA